ACGUUGGUUAGCUUCCUGAUGCUAACCGUUAGCAUCAGAAGCCGUGCCGGUCGCUAUUCGUUAACUUACAUUUUAGCAACUUAACGCAGUUUGUUAAGGACUGCUGUAGUUAAUAUAACGUUAUUAGACGCUAUUAAGAUAAAUUGAACAGUAUGUCUGCAGACCGAAACUGGGCCACCGAUGAGGCGCAGUCCUCCAAGUUGGUGCGAAAAGCGAAGGAGUCGCCAUUCGUGCCAAUCGGCAUGGCUGGAUUCCUGGCAGUCGUGGCGUACGGACUGUAUAAGCUGAAAUCCAGAGGCGACACCAAAAUGUCCGUACAUCUGAUUCACAUGCGUGUCCGAGCACAAGGUUUCGUGGUUGGAGCGAUGACACUGGGUGUGAUGUACUCCAUGUAUAAAGAAUACCUCGCCCCAAAAGACCCAGACGAGAAGUGAGGCGCGGGUCAGGACGAUUUUGGACUGAAAGCAGCAGAAUCCAGUUCAGAAAGUAAAAAAGCGGGCCUGUCACUAUAAUUGUAUUUGGUUGGAGGACAUAUUGUGUUAGAAAUAAUUGCGAUUAAACUUUAAACCAAUUAUUAUUUUAAAACCAUUUUAUAUAAUUGACAUUAAUAUAAUAUAAUAGCAUAAUUGAGCAAUUAUGCAAUCUUUUAUAUAAAUAUAUAUAUAUAUAGUAUAUAUGAUUUAAUGUACAAUACAUCGGUAACACAGUUAUUGUGACAGGCCUACAAACAACCCACAGUGUCCUGAUUUGGUCAGUAAUUAUGUUAUGAGUAUGAGUGUAAUCUAGGAGAGUAGAGUAUAAUUUGUAAACAUUAUAGUACCGAAAAUAUAAAUAUUUUUACACUGAUUAAUUUAAACCUUAGGAUAUUUUCUAUUUCUUUGAGUUGUAGAACUAUAAUAGAAGUGUGCAGCACUAUGUGUAUUACACAUAUAUAAGUAUUUAUGGAUUCAGUAAUGAGAAAAAAGAGUAUUUGUGUUUUUAUUUUGCAUUAGAAUUGAAAUAUGUUCUUGGUAAUUCUGCCAAAACAAUAAGGCAUACACUGCUCACAUACAGCUUCCAACACACCCCUGAAACAUUCAUUCAAAAAAAAAAAAGAAAGAAAAAUAUAAAAUAUGGCCAAACAUUACUUAAACAUUAUAGUAAUGUUUACAACAAGACAAGACAAGUGAUGUGUCAAAUCUGUGGAAUGAUUUUGAUCUUUGGCUGAUGAUGGUACGGAAAUAAAACCACUGAAGAAUUA